UGUCGUGUUUUGCAUAAAUGUUCAGUUAUUAAAGUACACAAAGGUCAUUCUACUUGUACAUGUAGAAAUAUGUGCUAAAACUAAUGGAAAGAAGAGGAUUAACGCAUUGGGGAGAUAUUUUUGUCGUUGUCGUGUAUAUUGUUGCCGUUCUCCUUGUUGGAAUAUGGAGCACGUGCCGCAGAAAAAGGGGGACAGUACGAACUUUCUUCCUGGCAGGUCGGUCAAUGCCCUGGAUACCGGUCGGGGCCUCGUUAUUCUCUAGCAACAUAGGCAGUGAACACUUCCUGGGCCUCGCUGGUACUGGUGCGGCCAGUGGAAUCGCCAUUAUCAUUUAUGAAUGGUUGGGAAUGCCGCUCGUAAUUCUGCUUGCUUGGAUAUUUGUACCUGUGUACGUUUCGGCUGGGGUGUAUACGAUGCCAGAAUACUUACAGAAAAGAUUCGGAGGACAGAGAAUACGGGUGUAUUUAAGUGUAUUGUCAAUGGUACUCUACAUACUGGCUAAACUUUCGGUGAGCAUAUUUGCCGGGGCUUUGUUUAUACAGAUGGCCAUGGGGUGGAAUGUUUACGUGUCCAUUGCAGUUCUACUUUUCAUCACAGCUUUAUUUACCAUACUAGGUGGACUAACAGCUGUGAUAUACACAGACACUUUUCAAACAGCUGUUAUGUUGAUAGGUGCAGUUGUAUUGUCUGCAAUAAGUUUUAAUAAAAUUGGAGGUUAUGAGAAUUUGCGAGACAGGUAUAUGAAUUCAACCCCUUUAAUACGGGAUAUAAACAGUACAUGUGGACUUCCGAGGGAUGACGCGUUCAAUAUUUUCCGACAUCCUCUGUAUGGUGAUUUACCAUGGCCUGGUCUCAUCCUGCAUAUGCUCAUAGCUUGCACUUGGUACUGGUGCAAUGAUCAGGUAAUUGUACAACGGUCCUUGGCUUCGAAGACACUGCUUCAUGCAAAGGCAGGCUCUCUGCUAGCUGGAUACCUGAAAAUUUUGCCAUUAUUUAUCAUGCUAAUGCCAGGCAUGAUAAGCCGGGUUCUUUAUCCAGAUGAAGUUGCAUGUGUAGACCCGGAAGAAUGUGAAAAAUAUUGUGGCAACCCUACGGGAUGUUCGAAUCUUGCAUACCCAUUGCUUGUGUUUGGUCUUUUGCCUACAGGUCUGCGUGGCUUAUUGGUUGCUGUGAUGCUAUCGGCAAUAAUGAGUUCCUUGACUUCUAUAUUCAACAGUGCAAGCACCUUGUUUACCAUAGAUCUCUGGCCAAGAUUUAGACACCAGGCGUCUGAAAGGGAAAAACUAAUUGUUGGCAGGGUGUUUAUCGCCGUUAUAUGCUCACUAAGUAUAUUAUGGACACCGCUAGUAAGGUCGUCGCAGAGCGGACAAUUGUUCAUUUACAUCAAUGCUAUUCAGGGAUACCUUGCCACAUCUAUAGGACCGGUGUUCUUUUUUGCUGCUCUUUGGAGCCGUAUGACGGAGAAGGCAGCGUUUUGGUCACUGGUCCUGCCUCAGAUCUGUGGAAUAGCCAGACUUGUACUAGAUUUAACCAUGCCUGCUCCUGUCUGUGGUGAACCAGACACCCGUCCAACCAUUCUGAGCGCUGUUCACUACACAUACUUCGCGCUUAUUCAAUUAGCAAUUACUACGAUAUUAAUUAUCAUCAUCAGCUUGUUCACAAAACCCAAAGAAAACAUUGACGGUCUGACAUUUUGGACAAUUAAAAGGUAUUCUGGAACAGAGGUGGAGUCUACCUUAGAAACUGAACCAUCGCAUUUAGGAUCUAAGCUCAAGACCCAAGUUUCUGAAGAGGAUUCUACGCCGGAGGACGAUCGUAUUGAAAAUUUAGGAAAAUUUAAAAUGUUUAUAUACCGUCUGUGUGGUAUACCCCUGGUUGGUUCGCAAGAACAACUGAGAGAAGAAAAGGAGCUGAUUUAUAAAGAAAUAUUUCUCAAAGAAAAUCCAUUUUGGAAAAAUGUCAUUGAUAUUAAUGCAGUAAUUGGUCUCGUGGUUGUGGCAUUUCUAGUUGGAUAUUUUCACUGAUUAUUUUUUAAACUUAACAAACAGAAUACUUACAUUACGUACUGCAUUAACCGUCUCGUUCAUUAACAGACUGAACACUAAACUUAACGGAAUGUAUUUGUAUUAAGAUAUACUUUUUGUGGUAAAGAAGAUAAUAGAAUCGGUCAUCAGUUUCGCAGAUAAAACGUUAGAUAUUUUACAGGCAAAAAAGAAACAAUUUAAAGGAAUUUUCUCUAUGACUUUUGGCAAAUAUUUUCUAUACCCGUCACCUUUUGACUUAUAUAUCUCAGGGAAGACUGAUAAAAAAGUAUUUUAAACGCAAAAUGUUUCAUUAUGCAUAGUGCAUUUUAUUUGACCUGGCGGGGUUUCGCAACGGUCCACUACAUUAUUGUGCAGGGUAUGUAGUACAUGUAACCAAUGUAGCGUUGAAUUUUAGUCGUUGGUUACUGAAGAUUAUGGAAUUAAACAGUAAUAUUGCUCUACCUAUUUUGCUCGUUUUUUUUUUUAGAUUACCAUUAUUUGCAAAUUCAGAGAUUAACUCCGCCCCGCAAGGUCGAACUUUCAAACCUAUCGAAUUUCAAGCUCGCAUUGAAUGUUGAACUACUUUGAUAAUCGAAAUUCAAAUUUCGAAAAAGCUGAAUAUCUAUUUUACAAUGGAUUGAAUUUUAAGCCUGCUCAAUAUUUAUUGAGCCAAUUAGAGUAUUGAAAUUCAAAUUUUCAAAACAAAUGAAUAUUGUGCAGGUGUUGAAUGUCGAUCUACCUCGAACAUCAAAUUUUGAAAACCUUUGGAUCUAGCGUUAAAUUUCAACCUACCUUAUUCAAGAAGCUGGAUUUCGAGCUCAAAUUUAAUUAUAAGUCAUCUUCAAAAUCGAAAACAAAUUUCGAAAACUUAAAGGCUGAAUUUCAACUACAUUCAAAUUUCGGCCAAAUCCGAAGAAUGAAAUUCAGCGUGCUGAAAAAAAAACAGAAUAUCGAUAAAAUUCUAUCUAGCUUUUCAUAUUAUGUGAGAUGGAAUAUCUAAUUUCAGAUUUAAAAGGCUGACAUUGAUUUUCGAGCCUCUUCAAAGAUCGAAAUUCAAAUUUUCAUAACACCAGUCAUCGAACUAAUACUGACUCGAAAUUCACGUUAGGUCGAAAAUCAACAAUGUACAUUACUCGAAGCUAUAUCAACAUCUUUUGAACAGAAUUUAAUUGAUAGUUGAAUGUUUAUAUCUGAGUUUUAAUGGAAACGUAUAUGCUUCACGCUUCCGUGAUUUCUCAGUGUUUUUUUUACGUUUUCAUCACCCAGACUAGUUUUGUUUAAAUGCUUACAGUCUGAAUCACUUUGUUGGUUGUUAAUAAAGU